AUGCAUCCCAAAUUCAUUCUCGGUCUCCUCAGCGCCCUUGCCGCUACCUCUUUCGCCUCACCCACUCCCGCCGACAACGCCGUCGCCGAGGUCGCUGACUUGGUUCAGCGUGAGGCCAACGCCGAGUUUGACAAGCGCGCCAUCAUCCGCUGGAACGCUUCUGGUGGAUGCCGCACCGAUUGGAGCGGCCGUUGCAAUGCCGCCUGCCGCUCUGAGGCUUACAACAAAGGCUGCAAGGCCGGCACUGUUGGUUCCGCCAUUGACGGAGGCGAUUGCACGAAUCCAUUCAAGAGCCACUGCAAGUGCCACUGCGAGGUCUAA